AGACGCAAGGGAUUGUUCAUCGUCUGCAUAGAGCGCACCCUCCAUCCUUCCCUCGCCCUCUCGCCUCGCGGCUCCGCGGACGAGAGCUCGCCGGUCGCCGUCGUACCUCGCCUGCAUCUGCGCGUCUGAGCAUCAGCAGCCAUGCCGCCGCCGCACUUCACGCCCUCGACGGCCAUGCCUGCGCCCGUGGCACCCGAUCUGCCCAAGGCGCUGCGCAACCUCGUCAAGGAUGCCUCGGCCAAGAUCAGAGCAGCACUGCUCUCGCGCGGGUCCGCCAACACGACGCUGGGCCCUGCGUAUCAGGCCAUCAAUGCCCUGCUGGCCGACCCGAACAUCCCGGCGCCGACGUCCGCUGGCAGCAGCGGCACCUCUUCCUCCGCUGCUGCAUCCUUCUCGGGCGCACAAGGCGCCACGUCUGCUGCCACAAAGGCGCAGAUCCGCACGUAUCUCUCGCAGCGUCUCAAUGGCGAGCUCAUGGACCUGUUCUCCGACGAGAUGGACCAGGCGGAUCUCACAAAGCUCUCGCUGCUCGCCGAGAUCCUGUGGCGUCUCUCGUCUCUGCUUGGGCCGGCAUGCAUGAUGCUCGAGUGGUGGGACGUGCUGCUGCGGCCGCUGCUCAAGAAUCCGGCGACCAAUGCGCGGGCCGCGACGCAGGCGCGCAAUCUCGUCGUCUUCUCCAUGACAGCAUCGUCGCCCUCGUCAUACCAAGACGAGCCUGAGCCGACUGCGCUGUGGCCUGCUGCUCCUCCUGGCACGCAGACGAUGCAGCGCAAGCGCGGCGAGGCGCCGUAUCCUCUCUCGUCCACCGAGGUCAUCUCUGCCGCCGAGCGCAGCAAGAGCAGAGAGCGGCGCGUGCCGUCAGGCGGCAGCUCGGGCAUGCCGCGCAUCGGCGGCAGUAACGAGCACUUCAAGCGCUUCACGCAGCGCAUCUUUGACCUGUACACCAGCGAGGCAAGUGCCACGCCUAUCGGACAGCGCGAGGAGGACGACGACAUCGCCGAGCUGGGCUCGACGUCGGGCGAGCACGGCGAGCCGGGCAAUGCCGAGUCUGCACAGCUGAUUGGCACGACCUGGAAGGGCAACCUCGAGGCCAUACUCAUCACCUACGGGCAAGAGCGGCCGAAGGAGUUCUUCCACCACCUGGCCGAGUCAUUCGUCGAGCCCACUGCACGCGUGCCCAUUUUGCUGCUGCUCACGAUCUUCCUGCGCCUCAACUCGAUCCACACGUACCACAUCACCUCGACGGCGCUGCCGCGCAUGCUCGUGCUGUCGGCGCAGCUCGACACCAGCACCACCUCGACGGCGCUGUGCAUCACGGCGCUCGUCAUCCUGCUGCCGCACAUUCCCAACUGGAUCGCAAAUGGCGGCGCUGGUGGUUUGCCGAGUCUGCUCGCCAUCUACGCGCGCAUCAUCGACUGGCGGCGACUGGGCGUCGGCUGGGAGGAUCGCUGCGGUGCGACAGAGGAGGAAGACGCAGAGCGACGCGAGCUGGAUGAGGAGUUCGGCGAGGUGGAGCGGCUGGGCAAGCGUUUGGCGAGCCGCAAGGAUCUGCAGUGGAAGCGACUCGCGAGCACGUUCGACACCGUCUCGUCCAGUCCGCCCGAUGCAGUCCAGUUCUUCACCUUCAUCUACGGCAUCUUCCCGUGCAACGUCAUUCGCUUCCUGCGUGCGCCGAUCGACUAUCUGCGCAAGGCACAGUACGACUCGCCGUUCGAGGACACGUGGGAAGACACCAUCGACGAGCUGGCCGUGCAGACGCGCAGCGCACCCGUGCUGCGACGCCACGUCCUGCACCCGGCGCUGGUGACGCUGACGGCGGAGAACGAGGUCAGCGACAAGCAGCGCUGGCGGGAUCACGACGCCGCAGACAUCACUGCCGAGUGCAUCAACCUCUUCUUGGGCACCUGGCACGACUCGCACGAGGACAGCCAGUUCGCAACGGUGCGCGAUCGAGCAUUCUCUACGGCCAGCGCCGCAACAUCAGAUCCGCGAUCGCGCUCCGCCUCGCUCGGCGCGGAGAGUCAAGAUCUCACCAAGGCCGAGCUGCGCAAGAUGCUCGAGCAGACGCAGCCCACGCCAUUGCUUCGCGACAGCACGGUGCUUCGCCCAGGCGCCGCACGGCAGUUCUCGCCUCUGCGCAUCGGCAGCGGCCGGGCUAUGACAGAGGCGUCAUCGGCGGCGCAGCGCAGCGCGAACGAGGCGGAUGAGAUCCUGUCUCGGUACACAGCGCUGCGGUGGGGCGCGCCGCUGCAAAGCACGACGACCGUCCGCACGCCGUCAGGCGGCAGCGAGCCACCGGCCAGUCGGCCGACCCGUUCAGCGACGAUGUGGGGCGCUCCGCAGCACCAGCCGCCGCACACGUCCAGCGGGCUGGCCUUCCAUCAGCCACGUUCUGGACUUGCUUCUGCAGUCACGACGGCAGCGCACUCCUCGGCGGCCAAUGCGCGCAGCACAGGCGCCGCGGGCAAGCUCAGCGAGACGCUGUCGACGCCGCCAUCGCCGCUCUCCCAGGCGCUGCGCUCGCGCACGCGUGAGCGCUCCGGCUCGAUGUCGUCCGUCCUGUCGCUCUUGCCGUCCUCGACAGAUGCGUCUUCGGUCGUGCCGCGCAGCAGCCACGACCACCCCCUGAUCAGUUCGAUGUUGAAGCAGUCCUCGAGGUCGACCGCCGGCUCGCCAGUGCUGCGGCCGGUGCGCACGGAGGUGUACACCGAGCUGGCGUACUUGCAGCGCGAGAACCUGCUUCUGCGCAACGAGCUCAACUUCGAGCUGUACCUCAAGGAGCAGCACCUGCGGCACAUCGGCCGUCUGCACCGCGACCGCAUCGCCGACACGGCGCUCGAGGCCGAGCGUCAGAACCUGUACCACUCCGUGCGAGUCAUGCGCGCUCAGCUCAGUGCCACGCUGCAGGCGCAGGAGCGCCAGCGCGCCGAGGUGGCCACUACAAAGUCGCGUCACAGCGCGUGGGAGAACGAGCUGAACCAGAAGCUCAAGACCUAUCGCGAGGAGCGCAAGACGUGGAUGGCCGAAGGCCGUGAGCUUAGAAGCGCACUGGAAGAUGCGCGUGCAACAGUCUCGAUGCAGGCACGCCAGAUCGACGAGACAGGCGCCGAGCUCUUCGAGCUGCGGCAGCAAGUCGGUGUGGACCGACUCAAGCUGUCCAAGAUUGCCGAGUACGAGCGCAAGGUGCAGCAGCUCUCGCUGGCGCUGCAGACGUGGGGCGACGACGUGCGCCGCUGCGAGGAGCAGCGCCGCGAGAUGGAGCUGCUGCUCUCGCGCUGGGAGGAGAUGCAGAUGAUCCUGCAGUCGUCCGACGAGGCGCUCGAGCAGGCCAACGACCGCGCGGACGCCAACGCAUCGCACGUCGCAAGGCUGGAAGAGGCGCUCGAGGAGGCACAGCGUCGCAUCCAGCAACUCGGCAACUCGGAGCGCAGCGUGCACUCUGCAGCGCUGCAGCUGCCCAAGAGCGCGGCAUCGCCUCGCUUUGUGCCGCGCUCGCCGCAGACGCAUCUGCGCACGUCCGAGACAGACAGCGCUACUCCCGAGGCGACACGUCUGCGCUCGCGCGUCGAGCAGCUGGAGGCGGAGGUGCUCGAGCUGCGCGUCAGAGCGGAGGCCAGCGAGUCUGCGCAGGCGUAUGCUCGACUCCGUCAAGAGCUGCCUGUGCCGCCACCAGCGCAAGAAGAUCCGGUCGAGCGAGCGCUGUCCUUCCAUGAAGCCGACAUCCAGCCGCUGGACCUUGGCGCCGCUGUUGCGACGCCUGCUGCUGGCGAUGCUAGCUCGCCGGACCCGCCAGCAGUUGAAGCAGCAGCAGAGCAGGGCGAAGAGGAAGCGGCGAAGCCUGAGGCCGCGAACGAAGAGAGCCAGGAGCAAGCGUGAUGUGCCUGAGAGCUGUAAACGAAAUGAGAUUUGCCU